GGUAGGCAACUUGGUCGGCAGGGACUAGAUAGGCUGAAGAGCCUGCUUCUAUGCUGUAGUACUCCAUGACUCCAAGUCUCAGGCAUGGCUGUAUAUCACUUGUUAUAUAAUCUUUCAGUCAGAUUAUAUGAUGGGUAGUUACAGCCACUAAUGUGUAACUGGAGGUUACACAUUAGCCCGAGAUCUGUCUCCAGUCAGGACAAUCUCGCUUCUCCUGUGAGCUCAGCGAGCCAGCUGCUGCCCCCUCCCUGCCGUACGACCCACAGCCGGGGAUGAAGGUUUGGCUCAUUAGUGUACUGGUGGGAGCUGCCGCGUUGACCGUCGGCCUCCUGUUGGGGCACUUUGCCAUCCCAAAGGAUGGGGGCACGGAGCAGGGGGCACCUCUCGCCCAGGACAUCGACGAGGAGCUCAUCCAGAGCUUCAUGGACGGGAUUGACGUCCAGAGGAUCGAGGAGGACCUGAGGGUGUUGUCCAAGAAGCCACAUAUGGCCACAAGCAAAGGAGACACCGAGCUGGUCAAGCUGCUGCUGAGCAGAUGGAGUGACGGAGAGUCAGGAUUGGAUGAAGCCAACAAGGUGACCUACAACGUGCUGCUGUCUUUUCCACAGAAGGACAAGCCCAACAGAGUGACCGUGGUUGCCCCCAAUGGGACGGAACUCUUCAAGUCUCGGAUUAAGGAGCUGAAUUACACACAGGACCAGUUGGACCCAGAUGUGGUGCAACCGUUUGCGGCCUUUGCACCCGCAGGAACCCCAAAGGGCAAGCUGGUGUACGCCAACCAGGGCACCAUGGCCGACUUCCGGUACUUGACCCAGGACCUUGGCAUUGACCUGAACAACACAGUGGCCAUCGUCAAGUAUGGCGGCACGGGCCGGGGAGACAAGGGGAUCAACGGAGCCCAGUUCGGGGUGGUGGGAGUCAUCGUUUACACGGACCCAGCGGACAUCAACGACGGCCGAGUGAGCGACCUGAACGAGACCUACCCUCACUCCUGGUACCUCCCGCCCUCCGGAGUCGAGCGCGGCUCCUACAAGUCCAACUUCGGUGACCAGUUGACUCCCUACUACCCUGCUAAAGCUUACACCUUCAGGCAGAAGGAAACCGACAUCAAAGGGUUAUCGCCCAUUCCAGCCCAGCCAAUCGGGUUCGAGGAUGCCCGUCACCUGAUCUGCGCGCUAGGUGGGGUUGAAGCCCCGAGCGAGUGGCAGGGUGGUCUUGGCUGCAAGUACCGGGUGGGACCUGGAUUUGGCAACCCGAGCUCCUUUGAAAACAGUGACGUUCAGGUCAGCGUGUUCAACAAGCGAGAGGUGAAACCGUCGGACAACGUGAUUGGGAUCAUCCGCGGAAGCGAGGAGCCAGAUCGCUACGUCAUCUACGGGAACCACCGGGACAGCUGGGUGCACGGAGCCAUCGACCCCAGCAGUGGGACCGCGGUCAUGUUGGAGAUCAGCCGGGUCCUGGGCAAGAUGGUGAAGCAUGGGAAAUGGCGUCCACGGCGCUCGAUCAUCUUUGGCAGUUGGGGCGCGGAGGAGUUCGGGCUCAUCGGCUCCACCGAAUGGACAGAGGAGUUCUACAGAAUCCUGACCCAGAGGACGGUGGCGUACAUCAACGUGGACAUUGCCGUGUUUGCCAAUGCCACUCUGCGGGUGUACGGUUCUCCAGUUGUGCAGAAGGUGGUAUUUGAUGCAGCACAACAGGUCCCGGCUCCAGGACACCAAGAUCUGUCCGUCUACAGUAACUGGAUGAGGCAUUCGAACCGAACGAGCCCUCGCCAUGGUAUCAUCCCACACGUGGGCACCCUGGGUGCAGGCAGCGACUACGCCUCCUUCUUCCAUUACCUUGGGAUCAGCUCCAUGGACAUUGCCUACACAUAUGACAGGUCAGCGACGAAAGCUCGGAUCUACCCCGCCUACCACACCGCGUAUGACACCUUUGAUUACGCCUCUCGCUUUAUCGACCCAGGGUUCACCAGCCACCAGGCAGUGGGCAGGACAGCCGGGAACGUUCUCCUGCGACUGGCGGAUAGCACUGUCCUCCCCUUCAAUGUCAGUGACUACGCUGAGGCGGUCCGCCUGCUGUACACCACCGCGCAGGAUCAACUGGGCCCCGAGCUGAGCAAGCGGGACAUCUCCUUGGAUUCCCUGCGGGGUGCCGUCGAGCAGCUGAACCGUGCGUCCGAAUCAUUCAACAGGCAACUCUCCCAGCUGCAGGACCUGCGGAAGAAACCCCUGGAGCUGCGGAGGGUGAACAACCAGCUGAUGCUCCUGGAGCGCUCCUUCCUCGACCCGCUCGCCUUCCCCGACAAGCUGUACUACCGCCAUGUCCUCUAUGCCUCGCGGAGCUCUCCUGUGCUGACGUUCCCGGGACUGGCGGACGCCGUCCAGCGCGCCAAGGGAAGCACGGAGCCAACCGCCUGGGACGCCGUCUGCAGACAUCUCACCAUCGUCACCCACGCAUUGGAGAGCGCGGCCUCCGUCCUGGACGGCCCACUGCCGGGGUGACGGACUGGGCUCAUCCCACCCCUCCCCACCACGGACCGCCAGGAUCCACCCCCCCCCCCCCACCCGGCGUCCAUCUGCCCCGCCAGCUGAUCUGGCCCCUGCCGCUUCGUUCCAUACCUGCCCACUGCUGACCCUCACCCUCCACGUAACUUCCUCCCCGUCUCCCUCGCACCCCGUCAUGGCCUCCUAUUGCACAGAAGCAGGCCCUUCGGCCCACCCUGUCCAUGCUGACCGUUAAGGACCCGUCUACACUUGUCCCAUUUACCAGCACUUGCAGCAUACCCUUGUACACCUUGGUAAAGCCUCAUCCAGAUACUUCUUAAAUCUCCUGAGAGUCUCUGCCUCCACCUCCCCCUCAGGCAGAGCAUCCCAGAUUCCAAACAAUCCCUCCUUAGAUCCGGUCUAAACCUCGCCUUAAAUAUAGGCCUAUUUUUGCCAUGGGGAAACGAUUCUAUCUGUACCCCUUGGAGCCUUGCACACCACCACCCCCAACUCUGAGGAAAAGAAAGCCAGCCCCGUAACUGAGACACUCUACCCCGGGCAACAUCCUGGUGAACCUCCUCUGCACCCUCUCCUAUAGUGUGGUGACCAGAACUGCAGGUUCUCCAGCUGUGACCUAACUACAGUUGUACCGAGACAUCGUUCUGUGCCCCGCUUAAUGGAGGCAAACCUUCCUCGCCUCUCUACGACCUGUGCUGUGUCCUUCAGGAAUCCUCGGACAUACCUCAAUACCUCUGUUCCUCAAUACUACCUGGGGCCCCACCAUUCCUGGCGGGUGUCCUGCCUUUAUGAAACACUUCACCUCACGCUUUAUCGGGAUCCGAUUCCGUCUGCCAUUUCUCUGCCCAUCGAUAUCUUGCCGUCGCCGAGGUUUACCCUCCUAUCGGCAAUGCCUCCAGGCUUACUGAUCUCCUCCAUUCAGAAGCACGUCGGUGCUGCUGAUGUUUUUAUGCUGCAUGACGUGGUCCCAGCACCGAUCCCCGUGGUACACCACUGGUCACAGACUUCCAGUCACAAGCUAACCCUCCACCACCACCCUCUGCUUCCAAUUAUUUGGAUCUAAUUUGCCAACUUGCAUUGGAUUGCACGGGCUCGAACCUUUUGGAUCAGUCUCCCACAUGGCCUUACUGAAGUCCAUGUGGACAACAUUCCCCUUAACAAUAGAUUUUGUUCCAAAAAAAGCUCAAAUUAGACGUACCGUAUCUCCCACCAUGCUAUCUUCGAUUAAUCCCUGCCCUUCCGAUUGUAGAUGAAUCCUGUCCCUCAGAACGUUUCCAGCAACUUCCCUUCCACUGACGUUAGCCUCACUGUCCUGUUUUAUCCCUGCUGCCCUUUCCGAAUAAGGAUGCCACACCUGCUGUCCUCCAGUCAUCUGACGCCUCACCUGUAGCCAGCCAAGGUUUAAUGAUCUCUGUCAAGGCCUCAGCAAUCUCCUCCUUUGCCUCCACACCAUCCUGAGAUUCAUCUCAUCUGGCCCUGGGGUCUUAUCCACCUUUACGCCUGAUGAGACAUCUAAUAUGAUGGAUUUUAAUGAUAACGUGCUCUAGAAUAAAUGAAUUGAUCUGUACGCAAGACAAGUUUUUCACUGUACUUCAGUACAAGUGACAACGAUAAACCAAUACCAAUAGAAUACCCCUGCCCCAAUGGCUUUCUCCUCAGUGAACACACGUGAGAAACAUUAAUUUAAAACCUCACCAGCGUUCUCUGACUCCAUGCACGGAUUGCCCCUUGAAUCACUACCAGGCUCCAACUCUUCCCCCUCGUUAUUCCUUCCCCUUCAUUACAAAAUGCCGUGGGGGUUCCCUUAAUCUUGUUCUGCCAGCGAUAUUUCAUGGCCCCUCUUUGCCCUGCUAUUUUCUAUUUUGAGCAUCUGUCUUUGCUCCCCACCUACCAUACGGAUCUUUUCGUAUCAAACUCUAACAUCCCUGACGCCCCUGGGUUCUGUCGGCUUGCACUUUGUGACUCUUCACCCCUGCAGGAACUUGUUGGUUCUGAACUCUCAGUAUCUCACUUUUACAUGACGCCCACUGGUCCGACGUAAAGUUACCCUGUAAGUAGCUGCACCUCUUCCUGUGUUGCAUCGUUUCACACCCAGCGCCCUCUGUGUAACUCCCUCCCUCUCCUUGGAAUUUACCCCUCCUAAUCUCUCAUGUUGCA